CUGCACUCACUAUUGUUAACAUGUCUAUCAAGAAGAAAGAUCUCUCCAAUGCUAUGAAAAGAACUAGUGAAUGGAUUUUCUCCCAAGAGAUACCAAGUGAUGUCACAGUUCAUGCAGGUGGAACAUCUUUCACAUUACACAAGUUCCCAUUGGUCUCAAAGUGUGGAUACAUGAGGAAAAUAGUCUCAGAAGCUAGCGAUGCUGAUGUAUCUCUCAUUGAGAUCCCUGAUGUUCCAGGUGGGGCAGAAGCUUUUGAACUUGCAGCUAAAUUCUGUUAUGGUAUAAAUUUCGAGAUAAGUAUGGAGAACAUUGCGAUGCUCAGAUGUGUGGCAGAGUACCUUGAGAUGACAGAGGAAUAUGCUGUUGGGAACCUAAUGGGUAGAACAGAGGACUACUUAAAUGAAGUAGCAAUGAAGAGCCUUGCAGGGGUUAUUUCUAUUUUGCAUCAGUCUGAAAACCUCCUUCCAAUGGCAGAGAAGGUAAAAUUGGUCAGCCGAUGCAUAGAUGCUGUGGCUUAUAUGGCCUGCAAGGAUAGCCAAUUCGGUCUCCCUUGUAGGACUGAAAAUAGGCUUGAGAGUGUCAAUUCUUCAUCUUUAACUCACCUUGAACCCAUUGAGGAUUGGUGGGCUGAAGACCUAACUGUUCUCAGAAUUGAUAUCUUCCAACGUGUUCUUAUGGCAAUGUUGGCAAGAGGCUUUCAGAAGUACGCACUCGGUCCAAUACUCAUGCUCUAUGCACAGAAAUCUCUCCGAGGUUUGGAAAUAUUUGGAAAGGGCAGAAAAAACAUUGGGCCAAAAGAGGAACAUGAGAAGAGGGUUGUUCUUGAGACAAUUGUGAGUCUAUUGCCUAGGGAGAAGAAUGCAAUGUCUGUUAGCUUUCUCUCCAUGCUGUUACGUGCAGCAAUAUAUCUUGAGACAACAGUUGCUUGCAGGCUUGACUUGGAAAAGAGGAUGGGCCUGCAGCUCGGUCAGGCAGUGCUAGAUGAUCUCCUAAUACCAUGCUUCUCCUUCACUGGAGAUACAUUGUUUGAUGUAGACACUGUGCGACGGAUCAUGAUGAAUUACUUAGAAUCUGAAAUCGAUGGCAUCCGCUCAUGUUAUAAUGUGGAUGAUGACUAUAUAUCUCCUUCUACCAGUGACAUGGAGUGGGUAGGAAAGUUAAUGGAGAGCUACCUUGCUGAACUAGCACCAGAUCGCAACUUAUCUGUUUCGAGGUUCAUCAGUCUUGCUGAGUUGAUUCCAGAACAAGCAAGGAUAACAGAUGAUGGCAUGUAUAGAGCCAUUGAUAUCUACUUAAAGGCUCAUCCUGCUUUGAGUGAAAUGGAGAGGAAGAAGGUUUGCAGCUUGAUGGACUGCCAGAAACUGUCACGGGAGGCCUGUGCUCAUGCGGCUCAAAAUGAUCGGCUCCCUGUUCAGACUGUGGUUCAAGUUCUGUACUAUGAGCAACAACGCCUUCGAGAUGUCAUGAAUGGCAGUGGUGUGAGUGGAGAAUUUCCUGCUCUUCCCCAGAAAUUAAAUUUGUAUUCCACAGAUUACCAGCCAGCACAUGAUGAACUCUCAAGCUUAAGGAGAAAAAAUGAGGACCUGAAAACAGAGUUGGUUCGGAUGCAGGUGCGGUUAAAAGAAGUUGAGAAAUCAGUCGCAAGCAAUCACCCGAGAGGCAUUCCAUCUUCUGAUAAACCCCCGUUGCCUCGAAGGUCAUUCAUCAACUCCAUAUCAAAAAAACUUGGGCGGUUGUUGGAUGGAGUCAAGCCUUCUGAUUCCAAAGGUCGUACAAAGCCAAGCAGAGAUCGACGACAUUCCAUCUCCUAAGUCAUCCAUCUACUUCUGUGCAUUAUAUAUCGAGUACACUGUUGGUUUCACUUAUCUUUCAAGGCUUGCUGGAUUAGUAGCCUUCUUUUUCUUCAGUUAAGCAAAUAUUUUGUAAAUUAUGUCAUCAGUCUAUUUCGCCAAACUCUCAAGAAAUUUCAAAUUGAUGAAAAAGGAGAAAACUUGUUAUUUGGGCUGCUUUCUCCAUAUGUAUUUGAAACUAGAAACUUCUGAGA